AUGGGCUGGCGGCUGCUGCCCGCCGUCCUGCUCGCCCUGGCUCUGGGCGCCGCCGCGUGGGCGCAGAACGACACGGAGCCCAUCGUGCUGGAGGGCAAGUGCCUGGUGGUCUGCGACUCCAACCCGGCCACCGACGCCAAGGGCUCGUCCUCGUCCCCGCUGGGCAUCUCCGUGCGCGCCGCCAACUCCAAGGUCGCCUUCUCGGCCGUGCGGAGCACCAACCACGAGCCCUCCGAGAUGAGCAACAAGACGCGCAUCAUCUACUUCGACCAGAUCCUAGUAAAUGUGGGCAAUUUUUUCACGUUGGAGUCUGUCUUUGUAGCACCAAGAAAAGGAAUUUACAGUUUCAAUUUCCACGUAAUUAAAGUCUAUCAGAGUCAAACAAUUCAGGUUAAUUUGAUGCUGAAUGGAAAGCCAGUCAUUUCUGCUUUUGCUGGGGACAAGGAUGUCACACGUGAAGCUGCCACUAAUGGAGUCCUGCUCUAUCUGGACAAGGAGGAUAAGGUUUACCUGAAACUGGAGAAAGGUAAUCUGGUCGGUGGAUGGCAGUAUUCUACGUUUUCUGGCUUUCUGGUCUUCCCCCUGUAAAGUCAAUUUUCCUGUGACAUUCAUCCAGGUGUGGACUCACCAUUGCCUCUGUUACACGAAGAUCAUUUUAUCAUCAUGGGAUUGAUGUUUCUUUAUUGGUUUUUCAUGGAUUCUCCCUGUGGAUUUUGGCCCCAUUUGAACUACUCAGAAGUUUCACAGAAUUUUGUGUGUUUAAAUACAAUAUGUUUGGACUGAGACUAAAGCAGACAAUAAAUAUUUAUGCUUAACAUUACAGUCUAAAGCUGCCUGCAAGAUUUAUUCCAAUCACAUUUUCUGGACUUACUGGAUUCAUGAGAGAAGUGGAUUUUCUUUAAUUAUGAAAAAAAACUGGCAACCAGGUCUUUAAUUUAGGAGAGUUUGAGUUCAGACUUCAAUCAAGAGUUAGUGUGUUGCUGCCAAAGAACUGUAUAUUGAUAUAUUGGUCAUACAUGUUUUUGUCACUGGGACUUUACUGCCAUGAUCUAUUCCAUUGUCUUGAGAGAGGUAAUUAUUAUUGAUAAGUGGUUGACUUUAAUUCUCCUCUGAGUGUUGUGUGUUGGAUGGUUCACCCAGACAUUUAAGCUCUGUCUCUGCUCCCAUCAAGUGUAGCCCACAUAAACUAAAGGGUCAUGGAUGUAUUUUAGUCGGAUAUGAAAGAUAUUCCUCUUUUCCACCUGCUGAUUUCUAAAAAGAAUAGCAGAUUAUAACCAUUAAGACAAAACUUACCCAGGGUUAAAGGUGAUCAUUCAGGCACAGCUUUGCAAAACAGCUUUGCCCUGCAGGAAGUCUCACACUUAUUCUUCAAUUUUAAUUAACAUGAACGAUAAAAACUGCUUUAUUAAAAUCCUAAGGGAUUCCUUCCUUAGCCACAACCACUUUGUUAGCUGGAGAUGAGAUCCCCCUUGUUUGUAUUUAUGUGUAUUUUUCAAACUUUCUGUUGUGUUAAAUCUGAUUUUGCCUUAACUUCACAACUGUAUAUAAUUUUAGGUCAUAUAUUUAACAAAUGUUAAAUCCAAAUAGCUGGUACCUAACUUGGUACAAAAGCUUUUCAGCUUUUUGUACAGGUCAUGUGAAUUCAUAAAGUUAUUUAUUAUAUCACUGUUACAUAAUAAAGAUUAAUAUAUGUUAGCUUAAUUUUUGACUUUUGGAUUUUGGAAGUUGCUUCAUGCUAUUUUUUUAUUGGAUAUAAUUAUUAUAUGCAAAAUGUAAGCUUUUGGGAUUCACAGAAACUACCCCAGGAGGCAGGAAAACUGCCAUAAGUUAGUCUGGCAGAAUCCUAGAGGUAAUCAGAAGGAUCUAAAAAUAACCUAUGCAUUUUAUUUAAAAAACAAAAAGAUUUAGGCAGAAAUCCUGGCCUCACUGAAGUUACUGUUAAGAAUCACAUUGAUUCCAAAGGGUUUUGGAUGAAACCUGUUGCUUUAGGUUUUUACCAUCAGCAUGAAACUCCAGUGCCAUCAAAUUGAAUAUUAAAUAAAAUGAUUUUCACAGGAGCUGCUAAUGAAACCUUCAUCCCUCGUGCCCAAAAUAGACACUGAAUUGAUGGAUCUUUGUGCCUUGCAUAUCAUGAAGGAUAUGGUUCUAAAUUAAAAAAUACUGUGUACUUGAAAAUGUUUCUGGAUGGAAGGACCUGCAGCAACUGGGACCUUCCCUGAGAGCCAGUUUAGGCUGGAAUUUGCUGCUUUAGAUGACCUGGUUCCAAUUUGUUCACUUGUUAGUCAAGUGCAGUGCCAUGUUGCUCCAGCUGCUGUAAAUGGAUAUUUCAUUGAUUUAAAGUCAGUUGGUUGGUUGAUGCUCCUGA